AUGAUAAGAAAAGACUAUACUACUACUACUACUACUACUACUACUACUACUACUACUACUACUACUACUACUACUACUACUACUACUACUACUACUACUACUACUACUACUACUACUACUACUACUACUACUACCUCACUUUGUGUUGAAAAGUGUCUAUUUAACAAUAUUCUAUUUUAUUUUAUUACAGGUACAGCAUAUUCAAAGGCUACAAAGAAAAAACCAAUCAUUAGUCCACAACACGCAAAUCCAUGUCAUGAUUUCUAUCGAUAUGCAUGUGCUGAUUGGGAUAAAAAUAAUCCUAUACCGGAUAGCGAAUUGGAAAUGAAUACUUUUAAAAAAGCUGAAGCAAAUAUUGACCAGUAUUUUUACAAUUUAAUUUCUAACAUUUCUUAUGCUUCAAAAGAUCUACGUCUAUUUACUGCACGUAAAUUUUACAAAGCAUGCAUAAAAAGUCCUUACGAUACUGAUGAACAUAUUAAAAGUCAAUUACUUCAGCUAAUUUCAAUAGCUUUCGGUGAAUGGGAUUUAUUACGGCCGUCAGUGAAUAGAAAUGCGACGAAAACUAGCAAAUAUAAUACAUUGAGAAAUAAUAUUCAAGAUUUAACUUUAACUGAUUUAUAUUUAACAUUGUUAAGUACAACAGGACGGACACCAUUAUUUUCAAUGGAUAUUGAUGAAGAUGUAAAAUUGAUUCGAACUGGAAGUAUUCAUUUGUCAAAAAGAUUUUAUUGGAUUAUAGAUUUACUAGGCAUUCGUCCUACACAGUAUACAAAACUUAUGGAUACACUGGAACUACUUGAACGUCUAUCGAACAAUUUACUAGAUUUAAAAACCUUACCAAUAUACAGAUCAAAUCAAACUGUUAGCUUGGAAGAAUUAAAAUCUAUUUGUUCCGUGAUCGAUUGGGAUUAUUUAUUCUAUAAAUUGUUCAAUCAAGCUGGAUACGUUAAUUAUACAACAUUUCCAAUAAAAAUAGAAGAAAAUUUCAUCUUCCAAUAUCGUUGUGGAUUGCAUAAAAUUCAGCUGGAAACAAGAUCAGGCAAAAGGUAUUGUUCAUCACGAUUGAAUUUGAAUCUGUGUUUGUUUUUCUUUCAUCAUGUAAUCAAUCGAGAAAGCAAUCAAAAAGGCGCGGAAAGUGAUCAAGUUUGGGAAGUGGUUACAGCAGUGAGAAUUAGCGUUAUUCAAUCAAUCACUCAUGCUACCUGGUUAGAUCGUAUUACAAAACGUUUUGCCAAAGAAAAAAUUAGAAAUGUGAAAGCGUUUGUCUUGUAUUCUGAUGCAAAUGGAUCGGGACGUAGAGAAAAUCUUUCAGAAAUAUAUCAGUAUCCUAUCAAUUCAUCAAACCAUUUUAUCAAUGAAUAUUAUGCACACAAAGCUAUCAAUUCAGAUAAAUUGAAGAAAAGUUUUCGAAUGUUAAGUAAAACUCGAGGGUUACAUAAUUUCCCAACAUAUUCACCAAGAGCUUUUUAUAUGAGACAAUCAAAUCGUAUGUACAUUUUUGCUGGAUUAUUACAACCACCAUUUUAUGAAAAAAAUGAAGAUCAAUUAUUGAAAUUUAUUGGAUUAGGUUGGGUUAUUGCUCAUGAAUUGUUACAUGUAUUCGAUGUAACAGGUUCACUUAUUGAUGCAGACGGGAAUUUUGGAUCAGUUACCGAUUCCAAUGCAGGACUUAUAGCGAAUAUAAAGAAAGCGAAUUGUCUACGUUUUCAUUAUAAAAAUUAUCCAGCGUCAUCAGUUAAGACAUUCCGAAGAUUUCUAGCGGAACAACAUAUCCGAAAUUCCAGUCGAAUCUUACAUUUGAGUCGAUCGUUUUUUCUGAAAUUUGCACGAGUUUUAUGUGGCAGUGUACAUGAUGACGCAAUGUCAUACUAUAAAGAUUACAUCAAUCAUAUUCUCCCAAAAUAUAGGGUAGUUGGCGCUUUAUCAAAUAGUGAAGAAUUCGCUAGAGCAUAUAGCUGUCCAAUCGGUUCAUUCAUGAACCCUUUGAAGAAAUGUAAAUUGUGGUAA